AUGGUAUUUGAUCAAUUAAAAAUUAAGUCUCUGUCAAAUUUUCGAUGUAGGAAUUUGUGUCUUUAUUUAAUCCCAAGCAAAUGGUUCGAGAGGAUAUCGAUGUUGGUCAUCCUUCUGAAUUGUGUAACUUUGGGGAUGUAUCAGCCUUGUGUUGAUGAAAAUUGUGUCACGAAUAGGUGUAAAAUUUUACAGAUUUUCGAUGAUUUUAUUUUUGCUUUUUUUUCAUUGGAAAUGACCAUCAAAAUGAUUGCAAUGGGUGUCCAUGGUAGAGGAACUUAUUUGGCAGAUUCUUGGAACAGAUUGGAUUUUUUCAUAGUUUUGGCAGGUGCUCUGGAAUAUUGUCUUCAUGUUGAAAACAUGAAUUUGUCAGCAAUAAGGACAAUAAGGGUUCUUAGACCUUUGAGGGCCAUAAACAGGAUACCAAGUAUGAGAAUCCUGGUGAUGUUGCUCCUGGACACUUUGCCGAUGUUGGGAAAUGUUUUGCUGUUGUGUUUUUUUGUCUUUUUCAUUUUUGGAAUUGUUGGGGUGCAACUUUGGCAGGGAAUGUUGAGGCAAAGAUGUGUUCUUCAGCUUCCACCACAUGUUAACAACCCAAAGGGAUUACCAGAGGAAUACACGAUUCGUGUGCGAAUCAACUCCAUAUCAUUUUACUACGAAAUCAGCAAAGAGCACGAGUACAUUUGCUCCAGGCCGGAGGACAACGGAAUGCACCAGUGCUCCGGGUUGCCGCCCUAUAGGUUAGGGGCAAGGGAAUGCUUUAGCCCUGCUCAGCCCUAUAGUCUUAAUUUGCCUACGGAGAACUCGUGUGUUGACUGGAAUAGAUAUUAUACAAAUUGCACACAACUAGGAGGAAAUCCAUUUCAAGGAACAAUUUCUUUUGACAAUAUUGGACUAGCGUGGGUUGCAAUUUUUUUGGUGAUUUCUUUGGAAGGCUGGACAGAUAUUAUGUACUAUGUCCAGGACGCUCAUAGCUUUUGGGAUUGGAUUUAUUUUGUUUUGCUUAUUGUGAUCGGAAGCUUUUUCAUGAUCAACUUGUGUUUAGUCGUCAUUGCCACACAAUUUAGUGAAACCAAAAAACGGGAAAUGGCCAGAAUGCGUCAAGAAAGGGCCAGGUUUAAUUCGACGUCGACUUUGGCCUCUUCGACGAACAACAGCGAACCUGCGACUUGUUAUGCAGAAAUUGUUAGGUACAUCGCCCACAUUUACAGGAGGUACAAAAGGAGGCUCAUGAAGAGGAUCAGGCUUUAUAGGUAUAGGAGGCAACAUAGAAAAGAGCAAUCACUGAUGUCAAAGGGCGGUCCUUCGCCCGCCCAAGGACAAAUUUAUCAUCAUCCCCAUUGUCCCAGGUCUAGGCAGAAUAUUCUAAAUUCCCAAAGGUCUCCACUUUUGGGCCAACAGGCUGCAGGUCAAAUGAUUAUCGGACCCAAUCAUAUGAUGGCUCUUCAACCCCUAUACCCGCCUCCAACAAAUCAGCAACAAAUGUUGAUGAAUAACACUGCCGCUGGUGGUGCUGGAGGACCGACGUCCUCCAGUUGCAUAGAAUUACCUUUGUCUAGCCCAGAUAAUUCUUUGAGUGAUCAUUCAAAUAAUAACGUUAAUUCACAUAAUAAUUUUCAAACAACGUUUUUCUUUUAUUUAUUUAUUUAUUAUUUUGUCAAUCAAGACUUAAAAAGUCAUUCAAACAACAUCGGAAGCUUUUUCAUGAUCAACUUGUGUUUAGUCGUCAUUGCCACACAAUUUAGUGAAACCAAAAAACGGGAAAUGGCCAGAAUGCGUCAAGAAAGGGCCAGGUUUAAUUCGACAUCGACCUUGGCCUCUUCGACGAACAACAGCGAACCUGCGACUUGUUAUGCAGAAAUUGUUAGGUACAUCGCCCACAUUUACAGAAGGUACAAAAGGAGGCUCAUGAAGAGGAUCAGGCUUUAUAGGUAUAGGAGGCAACAUAGAAAAGAGCAAUCACUGAUGUCAAAGGGCGGUCCUUCGCCCGCCCAAGGACAAAUUUAUCAUCAUCCCCAUUGUCCCAGGUCAAGGCAAAAUAUUCUAAAUUCCCAAAGGUCUCCACUUUUGGGUCAACAGGCCGCUGGUCAAAUGAUUAUCGGACCCAAUCAUAUGAUGGCUCUCCAGCCCUUAUACCCGCCUCCAACAAAUCAGCAACAAAUGUUGAUGAAUAACACUGCCGCCGGUGGUGCUGGAGGACCGACGUCCUCCAGUUGCAUAGAAUUACCUUUGUCUAGCCCAGAUAAUUCUUUGAGCGAUGCCCAAGUGACUUUGACACCUCCAAGUCUUUUGCUGCUCCACCACGCCUGCGGAGACCAACAAACAAAAGGGUUUGAAAAAAAGGGCUUAAGACCUGCCCUUUUGAGGGUACCCAGCGCCGCAACUGUGGACGGAGAUAACCAAUCAGUCUCCGGCCUGCUCUCACCACCGCCCUCCAUAUCCAGCAGAAGAAAAUCGGGUUCCUCCUCAGUCGCCUUCAGCGAUGUGGUUCUGCUCCACCAUUCAGCAGCCCCUCUGAACCCCAACUUGGCGAGUUCUAUGAACCUGGUUCCGAUCAGCACGAAUUUGGGAUCAGGACUCAACCUGGUACCUUUAGGAUCGGCUGUCAACAUUGUCCCUUUGACAACUGGUCAAUUGGGGUCUACUGUCAACUUGGUAUCCAAUUUGGGAGUUGGUGGUGGUGCCAGUUGCUCGUCUGCCAAUGUUUGUUCGAGUGAGAAAACUACGCAGACGGGGGAUGGUGACAUCUGGCAGGUUCCAAUGCCUCUGCAAAGUACGACGUCCCAAAUGCAACAGUCUGCGAUUGUUGAGUGCCCGGAUUUGCACUUGGGUGAAGCUGCGAUGACUUGUCAGGAAUUAUUGGCGCUUUCAGGGGCCCUGAGUGCGGCUCUGCCGACUGGACAAAUUGCUCUGGACUCGUUCUUCAAUUCUUUGAGCAAGGGAGUUCAAAAACCAGACGAGUCCUCAAACAUCCAGCAAAGUUUUGGCCCUCACAACCAAAUCGAUAUGGAUUUAGGGCCAACAAAUCAGUUACAAAAUGAAAACUACCCUUGUUUGUGUGAUGUUCAAACAACCACGAUUCAGGGAUCACCUAAUACUGACCAACCUAGACCUUUAAUUUUGAGGUGCUUCAUUGCAGUCUACAGUGAAACUCCUGGUGGAGCACAAGUAUUUCCAGCAAGCAAUUUGCUGGCGAUUUUAAUAAACACUUUAUCAAUGGGAAUUGAGUAUCACGACCAGCCUGAAGAAUUAACAGUGGCUGUUGAAUAUUCCAAUGUGGUUUUUUCGGCGAUUUUUGCAGUCGAAAUGACCCUGAAAAUAAUUGCUGAAGGACCCUUCGGAUACGUUGCUGACGGGUUCAAUGUCUUUGAUGGCGUUAUAGUUGUCUUAAGUCUCCGGCCUGCUCUCACCACCGCCCUCCAUAUCCAGCAGAAGAAAAUCGGGUUCCUCCUCAGUCGCCUUCAGCGAUGUGGUUCUGCUCCACCAUUCAGCAGCCCCUCUGAACCCCAACUUGGCGAGUUCUAUGAACCUGGUUCCGAUCAGCACGAAUUUGGAUCAGGACUCAACCUGGUACCUUUAGGAUCGGCUGUCAACAUUGUCCCUUUGACAACUGGUCAAUUGGGUCUACUGUCAACUUGGUAUCCAAUUUGGGAGUUGGUGGUGGUGGCCAGUUGCUCGUCUGCCAAUGUUUGUUCGAGUGAGAAAACUACGCAGACGGGGGAUGGUGACAUCUGGCAGGGAGUUCAAAAACCAGACGAGUCCUCAAACAUCCAGCAAAGUUUUGGUCCGCACAACCAAAUCGAUAUGGAUUUAGGGCCAACAAAUCAGUUACAAAAUGACAACUACCCUUGUUUGUGUGAUGUUCAAACAACCACGAUUCAGGGAUCACCUAAUACUGACCAACCUAGACCUUUAAUUUUGAGGUGCUUCAUCGCAGUCUACAGAUUUUGUUCUAAGUGUUGUUCCUGUUUUCGACGCAAAGUGAAACUCCUGGUGGAGCACAAGUAUUUCCAGCAAGCAAUUUUGCUAGCGAUUUUAAUAAAUACUUUAUCUAUGGGAAUUGAGUAUCACGAUCAGCCUGAAGAAUUAACAGUGGCUGUUGAAUAUUCCAAUGUAGUUUUUUCGGCGAUUUUUGCUGUCGAAAUGACCCUGAAAAUAAUUGCUGAAGGACCCUUCGGAUACGUUGCUGACGGGUUCAAUGUUUUUGAUGGCGUUAUAGUUGUCUUAAGUGUCAUCGAAUUAUGUCAAACUUUCCUGGGCGAAAGGGCCGGCAGUUCAGGUCUGUCAGUCCUAAGAACUUUUCGUCUCCUGAGGAUCCUGAAACUGGUCAGGUUUAUGCCUAACCUGAGGAGACAACUCUUUGUCAUGCUCAGGACGAUGGAUAACGUCGCCGUAUUUUUUUCGCUGCUAGUACUUUUCAUCUUUAUCUUCAGCGUGUUGGGCAUGUACCUGUUCGGCGGUAAAUUCUGUCGCUACGUCGGCGACCCUUCCGAGGACGGUCUGCCGCCCUUGAACAGGCGAGGCGAGCCCAUCGAAAGGGAGUGCACGUGCCCAGAAAUAGUGGCAAAGGACCCCCAUUGCGAAUGCGACAGGAAGCAUUUCAAUGAUAUCCUGUGGGCGACGGUCACGGUAUUUCAGAUUUUAACCCAAGAAGAUUGGAAUGUGGUUUUGUUCAACGGAAUGGAAAAGACCAGCCAUUGGGCAGCCCUGUAUUUUGUGGCCCUUAUGACCUUUGGAAAUUAUGUGCUUUUUAAUUUACUCGUCGCUAUUUUGGUCGAAGGGUUCAGUUCGGAGAGACAUGAAAGAAGAGAAAGGGAGCAAAGGGAGUUGGCCAAAUCAAAAUUAUCAGCAGAAUGGUAUUCGGAUUCUAAUUCUUAUGAUUCCAGGAGCGAUUCUUCUCAUAGUGACAGUUUUACACAGGAAAUUAAAAAUACAUGGCGCUCCGCCGACGAUUUGCACAAACUCAAAGACUCGAAUACAAACGCUGCAGCAAAUUCUGGGACAGCUUUGGCGAUUUCUGCAAAUGUCGGUACAAGCAAAAUGGUCAACAAGAGAAAUUUAGCAAAUUUGAGAAGACUGCAGGAACCUAAAUGCAAUAUCGAGAAGCAGUCGAAGAUGUUGCAAAGGACUAAGGGAUCUGUUCAAGGGGAUGCAGAAAUUAUAAGAAGUCCUUUACCAUUGCCGGUAAUUACCCAUACUUGUGCCACACCUCAAGAUUCCCCAAAUACAACCCUGGAACCUCCAGUUUGCAAAACAACAGGUGAACGUGGUGGUUCAAUUCGUCGAAAAGCUUUGGGCGAAGAUGAAACUGACAUUUUGGACACCAUGGAUUUUUUAGACAAAAGCUCUUGUUCUAGUAUCCCUGGUCUUCUAAAACCGCCAAUUCUGCACGUCAACUCGACUUUAAAUCUGAAGGCAGUAUGUGUGACACCUGUACCAUCUUUGGAGAAGUCGAAUACAGAAAAAGCAGCAUCUACAAAUUUACUUUUGCCAUCAACAACGCCUCAAUUUUUAUCCCCAAAUUUUAUUCCAAACAACAACUUUCUGAACAUUCCGGUUGAAAGAUCAGGAAGCGCUCCGGUUGGAUCGAAUUUGAGUUUGAACCAUUUGCUGCCACCAGUUUUGAACCAGGAACGAUGUGCUUCCAAUUUGAGCCUCAAUUUAGCCAACAAUUGCCUGGGAAACCAAAACAUAAAUACAGAAGAUGGUCUGAAUAGUAGUACCACAGAACCAGAUAAUGCUGAUGUGCAACAAUCAGAUCAAAGUUUGGUCAACAAUAAUUUGGAUUCAGCGACUAGUCCAGGGCCAAAAAAUGGUUCAGAUGUUGAAAUUUCUUCAAAUGGAAAUCAACAUCAAAUUUUGUCAGUUGGUCAAGUUGCUUCUAGUAAUGGUCUGGUUGCUAAUGGGGCUGUUGCUGUAAAUAAUGGCAUUUUGCUGAAUAAUAAUAAUGGACAGAUGGAUGUUAGCAUUACUAUUCAACCAGAGAUAAAAGAGAAGUCAUCAAAUCUUCUUCCAAGUGGAUCUCUAAGGAUACGAAGAGGUUGUAGUUGGCGAUUAGGUCGCACCAGUCUUAGGAAAAAAUCUAGUCCAGGUAUUUUGGGUUCUGCAUCCUUAGACAAGGACCAGGAUGGUGAAACUACUGCCAAUGUUGUCAUUUUGAAUAAUGGAAGUGAUAAAGCUCAUAGUAAUGGGCGCAAUACAGACCUCCAAUCGAUGCACCGAAUCCGCAACGACACCAGACAAAAUUCCCUGAAUUCCCAGAACCUUUUGCAAGGUUCUCAGAAUCUACCACUUUUACCAGGCACGUCUAAUUUUAACCUAAGCCCAAUGCCGUCGUUUCGUGGUAGAAGCUCGACUUAUGGUUCAAUACCACAUGCUGGUAUGUGGUCAAGACGAGAAUCUUUAGGGCCACGAAAAUACAGUAUCAGUUCUGUCGGAAGCCAUGGGCAGAGAUUGACUCAUAGAAGGUUGAGGAGGCGUUCCUGCGCUCCCGAGCAUUUUCUCUCCCACCAGCAACACGUAGAAGAUAUAUUCAUUCCAAUUUCGACAAGUAGAAAAUCCAUACAGUCUUCGAAUGUGCUGAUUGUCAGUUUAGCUGAGCAGCUUCUCAAUGAUCCUAAAAUGUCUGAGGAUACUUCCAGACGUUUGAGUUCUAUAGCUGCAGAUUUGAUUGCUAAUAGUGAUCCUGAAAGGGCAAAUGGUUCUGAGGCCACGUCCAAACUUAAGGAGCUGGUGAAACUUUUGGAACCGAAUCAAGGGUGCUUGAAGGGUCGAGAGGAUUAUUCGCUUUAUGUGUUUCCUACAGAUAACAGGUUUAGGUCGAUGUGUCGUUGGUUCGUAAACCAACAAUGGUUCGACAAUGUAGUUUUGCUCUUCAUAGCCCUAAAUUGCAUAACUUUAGCAAUGGAGCGUCCAAAUAUACCAUCAACAAGCCCGGAAAGAAUAUUUUUGUCAUCUGCUAAUUAUGUGUUCACUGCUGUUUUUGCAAUCGAGAUGCUUGUAAAGGUUGUGGCAGCAGGUAUGAUUUACGGUGAAGACGCCUAUUUCACCUCAGGCUGGAACAUCAUGGACGGUUCUUUGGUCAUAAUUUCCAUCAUCGAUUUGUUGAUGUCUUUAGUCAGCGAUUCUAGUCCCAGGAUUUUUGGAAUUUUGAGGGUUUUUAGGCUGCUGAGGUCUCUUCGACCUUUGAGGGUGAUAAACAGAGCUCCUGGUCUAAAACUGGUAGUCCAGACUUUACUAUCAUCCUUGAGGCCAAUCGGCAAUAUUGUGUUGAUUUGUUGUACAUUUUUUAUAAUUUUUGGAAUUUUAGGAGUACAGUUAUUCAAAGGAGCUUUUUACUAUUGCGAAGGCGAGAAUAUAAAAGGCGUCAAAAACAAAACAGAUUGUCUAGCAAUCCAAGGCAACGUUUGGAUAAACAGAAAAUACAAUUUUGAUGAUCUGGGAAAAGCUUUGAUGUCACUUUUUGUCCUAAGUUCGAGAGAUGGUUGGGUGAAUAUUAUGUACACUGGUUUGGAUGCUGUCGGAGUCGAUCAGCAGCCAAUAGUAAAUUAUUCCGAGUGGCGCCUUCUGUACUUCAUAGCCUUCAUCCUUCUUGUUGGAUUUUUUGUACUCAACAUGUUCGUCGGAGUUGUCGUCGAAAAUUUUCACAGAUGCAGGGAAGAACAAGAGAAAGAGGAAAGGGUUCGAAGGGCUGCUAAAAGGGCUCUUCAGAUGGAAAAGAAACGCAGACUGAUGCACCAGCCUCCAUACUACACCGGCUACUCUCCAAUCAGGAUGUCCGUCCACAAUGUGGUGACCAGCAAAUAUUUUGACCUGGCAAUAGCAGCAGUCAUAGGUCUAAAUGUUGUCACGAUGGCCACUGAAUACUACAAAAUGCCUCCGGCUUUGGAAACAGCACUGAAGGUCUUCAACUACUUUUUCACCGCCGUCUUCAUCAUUGAAGCCGGCCUAAAAUUGUAUGCAUUGGGCUUCAAAAUCUACUUGAAGGAUAAAUGGAAUCAAUUGGACGUCGCUAUAGUUAUACUAUCUAUAGUUGGUAUUGUUUUGGAAGAACUGGAAACCAAUAUAAUCCCAAUAAAUCCGACAAUCAUGCGAGUGAUGAGAGUUCUAAGGAUUGCCAGGGUUCUCAAAUUGCUAAAAAUGGCAAAAGGGAUCAGAGCAUUGUUGGACACUGUCAUGCAGGCUUUGCCACAAGUUGGCAACUUGGGUUUGUUGUUUUUCUUGCUGUUUUUCAUAUUUGCAGCUUUGGGAGUGGAGUUGUUUGGAAGACUGGAGUGCUCUGAUGAAAAACCCUGCCAAGGUUUGGGAGAACAUGCUCAUUUCAAAAAUUUUGGAAUGGCCUUCUUGACCUUGUUUCGUGUAGCCACUGGUGACAACUGGAAUGGAAUCAUGAAGGAUACCUUAAGGGAUGAUUGCAAUGAUGCCACCGAUUGCGUCACCAACUGUUGUGUCAGUCCAGUGAUUGCUCCAAUAUUUUUCGUCAUUUUUGUCCUGAUGGCCCAAUUUGUGCUGGUCAAUGUGGUUGUUGCUGUUUUGAUGAAACAUUUGGAAGAAAGUCACAAACAAUUGGAAGACGAGCAGAAUAUGGAAGUGGAAUUAGAACGCGAACUUGAGAGGGAAUUGGAGGAUGUUGAAGAUAAGGAGUUGUGCAAAAAAUUGGACGAGCCUGGUGAGAAUGGAGAAGCCAAACCCAUACGAAGACCUUUAGCAAAAGUUUUGUCCCUGCCCAAGAAUUACACAUACAGCCCAUUUGUACUCAAACCAGUUCCAUCAAUCCCCUUACUAUUAUCGCGCAGACGAGCAUCAUCCCUGCUUCCACCUACAAGUGUAGAACCGAGAAGAAGACGUCAAACCUGUCACUCCCAGCAAACUUUAGGUUUACCAUCAUACAGACAAUCCAGAAAUUUAUCAUUGUUCCUCCUGGAUGCGUCUUCAGGGCAACUUUUAGACGCCGGUAAGCAUUUACGACGAUCCACAGAUCCUCCCAGAAUAGACAUUAUGAAAGCUGAUCUAGAAGCCAACCUGGUACCAAGAAGGACACCAAAAUUGGGCAACAGUGCAAGGACAAUGUCUUUAUCAGAAACUUCGACUAUACCAUCUGGUAGAAGGAUGAGCCAGAGAAAGUUGGCAAGGGCCAGCAGUUUGGCAGAAAGUUCUCCCAGAUUGAGAUACAGAUGGAGAAAACACAGCGCCGAAACUGAUUCUGUUGACGAGGUUUUGUACGAGGAGGAUUUUGGGGUUAAGGAUAACAAAGAAGAGAGUGUUAUUAAUGAAGACGACAGUAAUUUGUUUGUGAAGAAGGAAGAAAAUUUACCGCAAAAACGUAGUCGUUUGGAAAAGGCGAAGUCGUAUGAGGAUCCUUCGUUUAUGUUGAGGGAACGCGAGAAGAAUGAAAUGCAUGUAUUCAAGGCUGGUGAUUUCCUGACGGUUCCUGAAAUCGGAAGCACUUCAUUUGCAAAUGAUUACGAUCAAUAUCAAUGACAAACAGCACAAGACGAAGAAACCAAAUCCAUUCUUCGGAGUGAU